AUGAAAUGCGAGAAUAUUUAUGACAAUUAUGUAGGAAUCCCGUUCGGUUCAAUCCCCCGUCUGAGCCCCCAAUUUUGUUGGAAUUUAUGGGGAAAAGGUAUAGAUACGGCGAUGACAAAAAUAUUAACACUCUCGUUAUACGCUAUAAUAUUCGCUAUAAUACUCUCGACCUCUUUAGAUGUUCACUCUCGUUGCAUUUCUUCACGACAUGCAUCGUCUCUCACACAUUCACGCAUGUCCUAGACUUGGGUCCUUAAACAAUCCCAGGCCUUCGCUGUAACAAUUGCGAAUAACACUCGGCAGGCGACGAUUGCUUUUCUCUUGGACCACACAGAAAAAAGUUUCGACUCAGGUUUCCUGUAUUGUAAUCCUCGUGACAGUCGUAGCAAUUGCAGGACAUCUGCAAAAUUUUCAUCCUUCGAAGCCUAUUCGAAGCCUCGAGGUUUUACGAGACUGUCACGUCAGUCGUCGAGAUAUCAAAAAGUUAUUCCGGCAAUCCUAUCGCGGGCUAUCCGAUGCGACUGGACUCUUUUGAAAUACCGAGGAGAGACUGCAGGCCGCCGAGAACGAGCGUUCUAAACUGCAGAUUCGCUUUUAUCUUUCGACUGGCAAACGGGGAAAAAAUGCUGACCGACGGCGGCGACUGAUUUCUGAGAAAUUCGCAGAAAGGCAAACCGAGAGAGUGAAGACAGUGCUGGAGCACAGGUGCAAAGCCGGCGAACGAUACCUGUCCGCUCUCGACGGAGGCGGCGGUGGUGAGCUCGUGCAGAGUCGGGACAAGAAGGGGCAAAAGUGGAAACAGAGAGAGGGAGAGAGGCCGCCGGCUUUCGUCGCAGUAGCAUCAGUCGUCGGCACCGCGCGAUACACUGCGCUUUAUACAUCCACCAGUCUCGCUUUCUACCUCAUUUCGACUUACGAGACGAAAACACAUCCCGCGUACCGGUCGCGAUCCAGAGAACGCGUCUCACCGCCGGCCGAAUUUCUGCCUAUUGGAACGAAGUUUCAGAUCGGCCGAUUUAAUAGCAAUCUGAAAGAAUCGCCGAGCAAGCGUACAAACAAACAACAAGUUGGAAGCAGCAAGUAAUUCUCGUUCAUCGUUUUCAUUUCAUUUGGGAGAGAUCAUUUGAGAAUGACGGUGUGACGCGUCGAGUUUUUGUGGUCUCUUAAACGCGCGCGAUUAGAAUAACGGUCGGUAGUUUGAAUGUUUGAAUCGGCGCGCGUGUUUACUCGGCUUUUGAAAAAAAUUGGCAAUUUUCGUGCCCUUCGAUCUAUCUUUUUUUUUUUUUUUGGAAAUCAACUUCUCCUUUGUUCACCCAAUUUUAGAUUGCAGUGUUUUUCAGAUUGUCGUUGAACGUCAAGUUCCUCGAAAUUGCUGUAGAAGAAUUGAGAAAGACAAACGGUAUUAUCGAAUUAUAA